GGAACUUUGUUAGCAGCAGGAAAUAUUCAUUUUUUCUUCGUAAAUUGUCAAAUUCUGCUUUGACGAAAUAAUAAAUAUACUGCAAAUAAUGCCGCUUUUUAGAAACAAGAAACAAGCAAAAGAUGAGAAUAGGAACAAGAAACAAGCAAAAGAUGAGAAUAGAGGCAAAAUUGAGAGGAAGCUAGUCCUGGCUCAAGAUGACCCAGAACCAACAUUUGAUUUGUCGUCGUGCGAGGCAAAAGAGGUUCCUGAAAAAGUAUAUUCCCUGUGCAAAGUAAUUCAAAAAGAGGUUUUACUGCUGCAUGAUAAUCUUAUAAGGGACUUGAAAGGUGGAGGAGAUCUUAAGAAUUUAUCACAAUUGAGGGUUCUUGAUCUUCACAAGAAUUUACUUUCUGAACUGCCGGAUGAAAUCAGAUUCUUAACAAGCUUACAGGUUUUAAACCUGAGUCACAACUGUCUGAAAUCUAUCCCAAAAGGAAUUGAAUGUUUACAAUCACUCCAGACUUUUGAUCUUCAGGAAAAUAAGUUGAAAGUUUUGCCGGAUGAAAUUGGAAAAAUGAAGUCGUUGCGAACGUUGAACAUUUCUCACAAUAAAGUCACAAAUCUUCCUGUGUCCUUGGCAAAUGUUAGAACAUUAGAGAAUUUAAUUGUGGAUGUAGACACGAUAAUAUUUCCUUCCAAAGAAAGUGCAGCUGGUGGAACGGUUAAGAUGAUGAAAGAAUUGUGCGCAGCGGCUGGGAUAGAAUACAUUCCUCCUUCAAAAUGUCUUCUUCCUGUUUUGGACAGUGGUAUGAAUAGCAGAUUUCCUGAAGUCAACUCACUGCAGGAAGACAAAAGUAUCGAGAACAAGAUUGAAGAAAUGGCAAAAGGGAGAGAAAAGAAAUUUGAAAUGUUGGCUGUGGAGCAACAGAUACGCCAAGCUAAAGAGGAAGAGGAAAUUCUUAUUGCUAUGAAUAAGAAGGGAAAAGAAGAUUUAUUGAAGGCUCUUUCAGAGGAUGAAAGUAAAGCCAACGAAAAACUUCUCAUGGAACAAAAGAGGAAAGAUAAAGAGAUGGAUUAUAAAUUGACCGCUUUAGCAAAUGAAGAGCAAGAGGCGAAUGACAGAGUUACAGCACUUCUGCAAAUGAAUGACAGGUCAAAAAAUACAGAACAAAUCAUGGAUGAAAUGGAGAAAGAAAGAAUUGCAAUGGAAAACUUAGUCAAGAUUUCGCAAGAAGACGCAGAGAAUUUGAGGAAAAAAGAAGUUCUCGAAAGCAUGAACGCUCUGCUGCAGAGCGAUCAGGUACAAGAGAAAGUAUUACGUGAUUAUCAAGCCAUGAGGAGUGCAGCGACAACUGAAGCACUACAGUCAGCAUUGGAUGAGACCAAAAAGAUUGAUGCAGUGUUGAAUGAAAAAGACAAGGAUCACUCGGAAUUGAUCAAGAACCUUGCCAACGAGGAGCUUGCUCAAAGGGAAGCAUUUCAUGUUCUUCAACUACAAACAGAUGAGAAACAUCAACGUAUCACAAAUCAACUUGAGUUACUGGAACGUGAACUUCAAGAGCUUAGUUUCUUGGAAAUAGAACGUAAGCAAGAACGGCAAGAGGAUGAUUUGAAUCGCUUGGAAGCCAACCGUCAAGCGUUGACAGAUUUGUUUGUGCAAUUGAUAGAAGAAAGGCAGAGAAGAGAAGAGGAACUCGCAAAACGUUUGGUCGAACUAGAGGAGAGACGCGAAGGGGAGAUUGAAGAUUAUUGGUUGAUACAAUUCCAAAGAUUGAUGGAUCAAAAACCUGAAACGCUUAUUGUCAAGGAAGACGGAUGUGAUGAAAUGAUAGCCCAGAUAUUGGCUGAAGCAAGCGCACAAGACUAUAUCAGCAAUUUUGCCCGAAAUAAGAUUUCGUGGCAAAUUCUUCGCGACAUGAAAGACGAAGACCUCAAGCAGAUUGGUAUUCAUGAAUAUGGCGUUCGUUGGAGAAUUCUUAAAGCUGUUCAAACAAAAAUUGAAGAGGAAGACAGAGCAGCAGCCAAGACGAAGAGACUGGAGUCUGAGACAGGAAAUGACAGUGUUCCUGUGGUACAAACAGUUAAACCCAGUGCCCCACCAUUACCAGUUGAUUCCAUCGAAGUUCACGAGGAAAGUCCUUGUGUUAUUUGUAUGGAAGCGAAGCGUGAUGUGAUAUUUCUUGUUUGUGGUCAUGUAUGUUGUUGCUCAGGCUGUUCAACUGGUCUUAAAGAGUGCCCGAUAUGUCGCCAGACGAUUGUGAAAACAGUCAAAAUGUUUAUGGUCUGAUAAGCUGUUAAUAAUUGAUAUACCUUUAUAGUCACAUCACAACUGACAUAUCACCCAAAGCAAUUUUCACUAAAAUCAAUGGACUAGGAAAGAUUUCAAAAUUUAUAUCGACAAUCAUUUUCAGAUGAUAUACUUGAACAUUUUCGGCUUUUUCUUGAUAUACGAGGAAACCUGAGUAAUAAUAAUAAUAAUAAACUUCCGGCUAUAGAUUCAAGGUAUGCAUGGUUAGAGACAUGGGGUCGGUUGUAUAAAACUCCUUAACUAAAUUUUGCAUAUUUAAAUCCUCGUUAACUUAAUACAACUCUGAUUUUCCAAUUCUGUCUUAAGUGUCCUUACCUCGUCUUCACCUUUAUCUAGUUACCUAGCUUUUAUACAACUGGCUCCUCGUCAUUCAUAUAUCGAGAAGGCUACCCGGUUUUUAAACGACCAUACUCUCUGUUUUCAAAUUGGCCACAUUUUUGUUCGUUUGUGAGUGUACUUUUUCCAUUCAUUCACUGACCUUUUUAUCUUCCAUUCAUUUUUUUACAUGUAAUAUGUGAGUUUAAGAAUGGAAUGUAAAAACUUGAUCGAACAUGGCCUUUGCAUGCAUGUAUAUACAAAGCAGAGUCUGCAGAGAGGUUUGUUUUGACUUGUGUAUAUAUAUAUAUAUAUCUAUAUAUAUAAAUGACAUUAACGUACUUGUGAAGUAUGAUUGUUAAUGUAUAUAAUAGAAUAGUGAAUUUGUCGAGCGAACAGUAGCGUGCUGGACGUGCUAAGUUAAACUGCCACACAUGUAUAUAUUGAGAAUUUUUCGUUUAUUGUGUGUCGCCGUGUGUGUAUAUAUAAUUCGUAUCGUCCUUUAAUGGACUAAACUACAAUCAUGAUGAUUUUAUUCUUCUAAAAUAAAUG